AUUUCAGUGAUUUCAGUUUCAAAAUACAAAUUCACAAAGGAAUAUGCGUGUCGUUCGUGUUUUUUAUGUUUGUGUAAUGUUUGGGUACGUGACCGGGUGGUGUACACUUUAAUUUACCAUUUGCAUAUUUGCAGACAUUGAAUCACACCAAAAUUAAAAGUUAAAAUGUCUGGUUUCGACAUGAGAAAUCCUGAGCAAACACCUGAAGAAUACGUUGAUCAACUACGGGUCAUUCUGGAACACGAAUGUCUUGGGACAAGAAAAAAAGAAUCUUGUCAUCAACUUGGUGAAUUCUAUCAAGCUGUAGAAAGAGACAAUGAAAAAGCAAAAGCUAUUUUUAAAGCAAACUGUGAAGAUCAGGAUUAUGCACAAAGUUGUUUUUCACUCGGCAUAAUUCAUCUCACAAAUAAAGAGGAAAGAAAACCAAAGGAAGCUCUUAGCUUAUUCCAUAAAGCAUGUGAAAAAAACAUAUGGGGUGCCUGUAAUAAUGCAGGUCUACUUCAUCAAAAAGGAGAGAAACACUUUAGUAUACCAAGAAAUAUGAAUAAAGCAAUUGAACUCUUUAGUAUGGCAUGUAAUGGCAACUUUCGUAAUGGAUGUUUUAAUCUAAGUGUUAUCUAUCUGGCUGGUUGUAAUGAAGUUAAGAAAGACAUGGUUAAAGCAUUGGAUUUAUCUAUCAAAAGUUGCCGUCUAGGACAUGCAUGGGGAUGUGUAAAUGCAAGCAGAAUUUAUGCACAAGGUGAUGGUGUGCAAGUGGAUGUAACUAAAGCAAAUGAAUUUAAAAAACUGGCAGAAACUUGCAAUGGAAAAGGAUGAAUUUAUCAAAAUACAGUAAAUCUUGAUUUUUUCAAACACAAACUACAAUAAAUAUUAAUUUUUGAAUUUCUAGUGAGUAUUGAAUCUAACCACCUUGUCUCUUUGGAUGUCAUACCCUUUAAAAUAUUUGAAAGCUACCAUCUAACAUGUACAAAUACAAACAUCUUUUAACUAAAAGAUACAAAAGAUAAAA